CUGGACCCUGAGGCCUCCCAAGCUCUGUGAUGAAUGGGACACUGGUCACUGAGUUCCUCAUCCUGGGAUUUUCAGAAAUGCCUCACCUGCGGGUGCCACUUCUCCUCAGCUUCCUCUGCCUCUACACAGCUGCAAUCUCAGGAAACCUGCUCAUUAUGGUGACAAUCAGUGCCAGCCCAGCCCUCCAUACCCCCAUGUACUUCUUCCUGGUCAACUUAGCCGUGGUGGACAUCCUCUGCACCUCUACCAUCCUACCCAAGUUACUGGACAGCAUGGUGGGGGGAAGGGCCAUCUCUUAUGGGGGCUGCAUGGCCCAGCUCUACUUCUUCACGUGGUCACUGGGGGCAGAACUUCUGCUCUUCUCAGCUAUGGCCUAUGACCGCUUUGUGGCCAUCUGCUGCCCCCUGCACUACAGUGCCUGGAUGGGCCCCAGGGUGUGCGCAUUCCUGGCUGGCCUUGUCUGGGCCAUCAGUUUCACUAACACCAGCGUGAACACAAGCCUAGUGCUGCGUCUACCAUUCUGCGGCUCCAACGUGAUAGAGCAUUUCUUCUGUGAGAUCCCCCCGCUGUUGAAGCUCUCCUGUGCUCCAACGCAAUUGAACGAAGCCAUGGCCUUUGCGGCAGAUGUGUUUCUGGCUGUAGGGAACUUCUCUGUGACCAUCCUCUCUUAUGGCUUUAUUGUGGCCAGCAUCCUGAGGAUCCGCUCUGCUGAGGGCAAGCGCCGUGCCUUUUCCACCUGCUCUGCACACCUCAUCGUGGUUUCCAUGUACUACUCCACUGUCAUCUACACCUACAUCCGCCCUGCAUCCAGCUACUCACUGAACAGGGACAAGGUGGUGUCCAUCAUCUACACCUCCGUGGCACCCACCUUGAACCCCCUCAUCUACACUCUGAGGAACAAGGACGUCAAAGCUGCGCUUAGGAAACUACUGUCCUGCUGCUGA